AUGCUGAUCACGCUGUGCUACCUGUACCUGUGGGCGCGCUGGGGGCCGCGCUCGGCCGCGCUCGUCCGCAGCACCGUGCGGAGGCUGCACCGCUCCCGCUGCUCCUUCACCUUCUGCGCCCGCCAGCCGCACCCCGACGAGCGCGUGUGCCUCCGCGUCGGCGGCAAGGUGUUCUGCACCGGCGAGGCGCAGUUCCUCGAUGACCUGAGCAGGUGGAGGGGGCUGCUGGUGGCUCCCUUUCCCCCCCCUGAGGGGCUGCUGCCCGCAGAGCACAUUGCCUUUGUGACAGAGAGCGUUGCUGCUCGCCCACAGGACGGGCUCAGGGGACCCGACUCCUCCAAGGAGAUUGUCAAGUGGUCAGAGUUUUGUUCACCCUUGGCCUAUAAAGCUGGGGAGCCUUUUCAGUUCAUGGCCGCAGCCAGUGUAGAUAAUUUCAGCAGCCUGGGCAUAGCGUUCCUGGAGGACAGGCUGCGCAUGGAGAACGGGAUGGUGCCGCGCAGGAUUGUUUCUGUCCAUUUAGAGGAAUCAGCUCUGAAGGAGUUGGCGAAGCAGAGGAAAGAGGAAGAGGAAAGCCCAGACAUGGAUGCAGUAACUCCCGCGGGGAAAUCGGGGUUAGGAAAAGCUGAGGAGGACAAAUCCAGGCUGGAAGAAGAAAGGGAAGACGGGGGCACAGGAGGUGGGGAGCAGCACCACCUGCACCUCUCCAGCUGCCACGAGUGCCUGCAGCUGGAGAGCAGCACCAUCGAGUCGGUGAAAUUCGCCUCAGACGAGAACACCCCCGAGCUGCCCCAGGGCUGCAGCAGCGCAGGGCAGGACAAGGAGCGCCAAAAUCUGCAAAAAGGCGUCAGAAGGAUAAACCUGGCUGGGAAAGCCCCGAAUAUCCUGAUUUACCUGGGCUCUGAGGCCGCCGAGGGGAGGCUGGAGCAGGUGAAGGCGGUGCUGAGGGAGUGCGUCGGUGCCGAGAGCUACGCCCUGUACCAGCUGCGCCAGGAGCGGGUGCUCAGGGACCCCUGGCUCGAGAACUGCCUGCUGCUGCUCAUUGCCACCGAGGAGCCCCUCCCCGAGGCCGUCCACGGGCAGUUCGUGGCGUUCCUGGCCAAAGGGGGGAAGAUCCUCGGCCUUUCCUCCUCCUUCGCCUUCGGGGGCGUGCGGAUAAAGCGCAAGGACGAGCUGAGGAGGGUGGUGCACGAGCUGGUGGUGUGCAGGCAGGGCGGCGGUGAGGCGAGGCUGAGCCUGCUGCUCAGCGGCUGCGUGUUUGAGGAGGGCACGAAGGGAGAUGGCAGCAGGGUGAAGGUGCUGGGCCGGCUGAGCAGCGCCGCCGAGGACGCGGUGAUGGUGCGCCUGAGCCACGGCAGCGGUGCGGGAGAAGCCAUCCUUUGCCAGGCCCAUUUGGAGCUGGACAGCAGCGCCAUGGAUGUGCAGACUGAGGAGGAUUUCAAUCUGCUCAAAAUGAGCAAUCCCAAGAGAUUUGAAGUGCUCAGGGAGGUCCUGACCUGCCUGGGGCUGAGCUGUGAACGAAGUGAAAUUCCUGAAUUAACCCCCAUUUUCCUGCUCUCUCCUGAUGAGGAAAUCCACCUCGCUUUCCUGAAGUGGCUGGAGGGGAACGUGGACGCCGAGGGGCUGAGGGCGUCCAGCAAGGUGUCCCUGAAGUUCGUUCCAUCCCGCGAGCCCAGGGUGGAGGUGACCCCGUCCCUGGUGCCCGUGGUCACGGAGAUGGGGAGCUUCUCCUCAGAGCACUUCAGCCUCCACACCUACCAGCAGCAUCUCCGCACCAAGAAGCUGGGCAAGGUCCUGCUCUUCACCGAGGUGACCACCACCACCAUGAAUCUUCUGGAUGGGUAA